AUGGCCUCGGCCCAGUCGGAACAGUCCAGCGUCCUCCAGGAGGAGCUCACCUGUCCCGUGUGCCUGGACUUGUACCGAGACCCCCACCUGCUGCCCUGCGGGCACAACUUCUGCAAGACCUGCCUGGACCGCCUGAAGCGGCAGGCGGAGCGAGGCCGCUUCCGCUGCCCAGAGUGCCGCGAGAGCCACCGCUGCGGCGCCAGCUUCCAGAAGAACUUCAAGCUGGCCAACAUAGCCGACGACUACCGGCACCGGCGCAGGGCCACCUCCGCCGCCGGCGCCGCCGCCGCUUUGAAGUCCCGGGAGCUGCUCUCCGCCUCGCUGGCGGCGCCCCCGGCCAAGAGCGCCCUGGCCGUGCCGUGCGACUACUGCCCGCCGGCGGGCGCCGAGGCCCCGGCCUGCGGCACCUCCGGGGACGGACCCCCCGUUUCUCAGGAGGGCGACGACAGGCAGGAGGCCGCCGCCUGCGCGCCCAUGCUCGCAGUCAAGACCUGCCUGAAGUGCGAGGUGUCCAUGUGCCAGGAGCACGUGAAGCCGCACCUGGAGCUGCCGGCGUUCCGCGAGCACCCUCUGACCGAGCCCAUGAACGACUUCUGGAAGAGGAAGUGCCCCGACCACGAUGAGAUCUACAGAUACUACUGCAUGGAUGACAAGAUGUGUGUGUGCAAUGCCUGCACCAUAGAGGGAGGACACUCGGGACACACAAUCAAGACCCUGAAGAACACAAUGAAAGAUCUGAAGGGCACGCUGGACAAGCAGCUGUACAGGGUGGAGAGGAAGUACAGCCUGGCUGAGAAGAAGCUCCAGGAGCAGAAGGAGAAGGAGAGGCAGAACAAGAAGUUCAUGGACGACUCCGAGCAGUGCCUGACCCGGCUGGGCGAGGAGAUGAAGGCCAAGGUGCUCCGCUUCAUCGGCCGGCUGCGCGAGUGCACGCGCACGCAGUGCGACACCAACGGGCCGGCCAUCCAGAAGAACAUCUCCAGGAUCAGCCAGGACCAGGCCCGUCUCCAGGAGGUGCGCUGUGGCCUUGAAAGCCUCAUGCAGGAGAACGACCCCUUCCGAUUCAUCCAGGCUUACAAGACAGCAGGAAAACAGUGCCGCAGGCAGCUGAGGAAAAACAUGUUUUACCCCGAAUACGUCGACAUGGAGACGGAGGUCCUCGGAGUGAUGAUGGAGGAGGAGAUGAGAAAAUUCCUCGAUGAAGAGCUGCCGUGCCACAUAGUGGCGGCCAUCAACUCUCUGUGUCACCUGUCGGAUCCCGAGGAAGAGGAGGAGGAGCAGGAGGAUAACGAGGAAGAGGCCGUGGAGGAGGAGGAGGACGACGACGACGAAGACGACCUGGACGACAGCAGCGAGGAGGAAGUGAGGAGUGAGGGGGAGGAGGAAGAGGAGGAGGACGACGAAGAGGACGACAUACACGACCGGAGCGAGGCGGGCGACGACCUUUACAGCCCGGGCGAGGAAGACGACGAAGAAGAGGAGGAUGAGGACGGGGACGGGGAGGAUGAAGACGAGGAGGAGAGAGGCGUUUAACCGAGGAACGCAUUCAGGAGGCAUUCGGAUGCCGUGCGCGGAUGUGCAGAUGCUUUCACACUCGCCGGCGUCUCGCCAUCUGAAUGUUCCGAACUCCAGCAGCAGCCAGGUGUUUUGCCCCGACCCAGCCGGAGCCGGAGAAUCUCAUGCUAAACCCGUGAUGCUAAACAUAAAUCAGGUGCUCCAUGUUAAAUAUCUGCUGUAGACAAGUGCGCGCACACCGGAAUUUGAAUGUACCUCGGCAGAAUCCGGCCGGAGACGCCAGCAGGGGAAAAACUGUUGCACGUCUGCGGUGCCAGGUUUUCUACCACUUUGAUAAAAAAAAAGCUAUUUUACAAGAUGCCUAAACAGUGUCAGUUGUUUUGGAGGACUCACACACAUUUGCACAAACUCUCAGUCUAACUGGUGCAGAUAGAAGUCCAUCACACGCGCUGCUUUAGAAAGGACUCCUUAUGAAUUAGCCGCUUGUGACUCAAAGUUUUCCAUUUCCACAGUGAGCCUUUUAUUUACUGCUUUUGUCACGAUAUUUGUCAGCAUGUGUGACCUGAAACAAGCUUAAGCGACAAAUGGAUACGGAUCGACUUGAAGAAGUCCCGUCCUUUAGUUGAACACGGCAAGCCAAAGAUGAAGUGUUUGUGUGGAUGGAUCGUCUGCUUUGCAUGCUGUUUAGAUAGAUGGAAAGAGAGAAGUUUACUGAAUGAUUUUGCUCUUCAUAGUUUUGCUUUAAAAGCAGUAAAUGCGUUGCUAAAAAAAAGAGUUUAAUUUCAAUGCACAUUCAUUCAUUUAUAUUUAUGGAUAUCGGUUUCGGAUGGAAAUUCAAUUUUGCACACAAAUGUUAUGUUUGGCCUAGAAUUUUGAAUGUCAGAAACUGAUUUUCAUUUUGAUAUGUUUAACUUUAUGAGGGGCCAAAAUGACUAAUGAAUGGUUAAGUAUUAUUAAUAAAGCCUGUUGAAUGCAAAUCAGUUAAAUAAAACUUGUGG